AUGAGAUCGUCUAGUUUGAUAACGACAGCUUCGCUGCUGAGUACUGUCGUGGGUGCGAUUAAUGCCGCGAAUAGCACCAAUACAACAUCAAUAAAAAAGAAUGCAGCGUUACUCGGAUUCGACUAUGAUUACAUCGUAAUUGGAGGAGGCACUGCUGGGCUUGUAAUGGCAUCACGUCUCUCAGAAACCGCUCGAGUUGCUGUGAUCGAAGCUGGAGGCUACUAUGAAGUGGACAACGGAAACUACAGUACUGUUCCAGGGCUGGCUUUAGCUUCACCCUUUCUGUCCACGGCAGAGGACUAUCCUGCAAAUCCAAAAAUGGAUUGGGGUUUCCUGAGUGCAUCCCAACCUCAUGCCAGCGAUCGAAUAAUUCACUAUCCCCAGGGAAAAACUCUGGGUGGAUCAUCGGCGCUCAACACGAUGGCUUAUCAUCGAGGAACGAAAGGCGCCUAUCAGCUCUGGGCAGACUUGGUUGCUGAUCAGAGCUACACUUUCUCCAAUUUGUUGAAAUAUUUUCAGAAAUCUAGCCAUUUUACCGCGCCAAACUUGACAAAGCGAAAUACGCCUAAUGCCACGGUCCAGUAUGAUGCGACCGCUUUCGAUAAUGCACUUGGCGGUCCUCUACAGGUUUCCUACUCAAAUUAUGUCGAUACGACGGCGACUUGGAUGGCUCGUGCUUUGCAAUCGAUUGGCUUGCCCGAGAGCACUGUGGGAUUUAAUAGCGGCGUUCUAUCUGGAUUCGGUGCCUGGAUUACAAUGACUAUUGAUCCCGUGAACGCUACUCGUUCAAGCUCGCAGACAAGCUAUUUGGAACAUGUCGCGAAUCAUAAGAAUCUUGACGUUUUAUCACACACCAAUGUGACCAGGAUUUUGAUUGAUCCUUUCUCUAAAACCGCUUUCGGAGUGGAAAUCGUGAGACAAAAUGGCGCUGUCAAUUUUCUAGUUGCCAAUGAGGAAGUCAUUCUCUCCGCAGGCGCCUUUGGAUCUCCUCGUCUUCUCAUGCUUUCUGGUAUUGGCCCCGCGGAUGUACUGAAGGAACAUAGAAUCCCAGUCUUCUCCAAUCUCCCUGGUGUUGGUCAGAAUUUGUGGGAUCAGGUUCUCGUCCCCGUGGAGACCGGCGUUAAUACCCCCAGCGGUGCUCAGGUUGAAGCGAACCCGGUGACCAAUGCUGAGGCCAUCAACGAGUAUCUGAAAGAUGCAGCCGGACCUUAUAGCUCUCCCGGAGCUUAUAUAGCCUUCGAGAAGAUUCCACAGGAGCUUAGAUCUAAUUUUUCUUCUGAGGCCCAAUCAGCUCUCGCCUGGUUCCCGUCUGACUGGCCUGAGGUUGAGUACGUGGGAGGUAGCACCGUCAACAGCGACGGUGUGUCUCAAGGCGUUUGCACUGCUGUACUUGUGGCUCCACUGUCUCGUGGCAACGUCACGAUUGUUAGUUCCAACUUCGCUGACCAACCGGUUAUUGACAUGGGCUGGUUUUCUCACCCUGCUGACCGUGAGGUCGCCGUCGCAGCCAUCAAGCGCUGUCGAGAGGCGCUUGCUUCUAAAGAGGUCGCAUCUGUUGUUACUGGUCCUGAGGUAGUUCCUGGUGCCUCAAUCCAGACAGACGAUGAGAUCCUAGCUUUUGCAGAGGCCGUUGCGACCCCAAUCUUCCAUGCCGCUGGCACUUGUGCAAUGGGCAAGAAAGGGGAUCCCAACGCUGUUGUUGAUACGCAAGGUCGUGUUUUCGGUGUCAACAGCUUACGUGUCGUCGAUUCAUCGAUAUUCCCCAUUGCCAUACCUGGGCACCCCCAAUCCUCCGUGUACAUGCUUGCGGAGAAGAUUGCGGACGACAUUAAGAGCUCCACUUGCUCCUAA